AUGGAAAAUCAAAAAUUUGAACAUCGAUCGAUAAUAAAAUUUCUUGUUUUGGAAGGCCAAUCACCAUCUAAUAUUCAUGAACGUAUGACUGCAAUUUAUGGUGACAGUGCUCCAUCACGCACGAUGGUUUUUGAAUGGGUUCCUCGUUUUAAGAAUGGACAAUUAAAUAUUGAAGAGAGUCCAAGAAGUUGGCGACCAAUCAGUACAACGGAUGAGAAAACUAUUAAAGUUGUAGAAAACCUGGUUAUUGAAGAUCGUCGAAUUACUAUCCAGGAAAUAGCAGAGAUCCUAAGUAUCUCAAGUGGUACCGUUCAUGGCAUUUUGCACGAUCAUUUACAUAUGACUAAAGUUUGUUCAACAUGCGUCCCACAUUUGCUAACGCCUCUUCAAAGACACGAACGAGUUGAGGCAUGUGAAGAACUUUUGGCUCGCUAUGAAACAGAAGGAAAUGAUUUUCUUUCUCGUAUUAUCACUGGUGACGAGUCAUGGUUCUAUUACCAUCAACCUGAAUCAAAACAAUCACCUAAGCAAUGGAAACGAGCUGACUCUCCACCACCAACGACGCUUAAGCAAGAGAAGUCAGAACAACCUGUACCGGCUGGUACAACAAUUACCAAGACAUAUUAUGCCAAUCUUUUAAUUAAUAAAGUUCAUUCAGAAAUAAAAGAACGACGACGAGGUUUAAUUUCAGCUGGCACGACAUACCGUUAUAAUCAUCGUUUAGUAAGAAAAAAAUUAGUUGUACAACAGCAAUGGCAAUCAGAUCCUAAACCAUGGACUUUUGCAAAUACAGAAGAAGUCUCAUGGACAUCAUAUUUACCUGAAGAAAAUUCACUGACUGAAGCAACUUAUUAUUCAUCAUCACCAAAACCUAAUCUAAAUACGAAAUUAUUAUAUGAUUUAUGUUCAGAAAGGAAUUCAAUAUGUACAAGGUGCUCCUGCAAAGCAACGUCGAAUAAGACGUCUAAGUAA